AUGGUGUAUCGUCCACAAAAACUAGUACCGACGAAGAUAAUUCUCCUUUAUGGAAAUUUGUUACAAAACUUUGAAAAUCGGGAGAAGGAGGUGGAAAUUGGAAAUGGAUAUGCAACUUUUGAAGAAGCUGUAAUUAAAAUUUCAAAUUCUCAACCUAAGCGAGUUCCUCUACCAGUCACUGCUACAAUCACGAGUCCUUCUUUUGCUACUCAUUCAAGUGAUUUGGAAGUUCUAAAAAGAAAACGAGUUAGUGACUCUAAACUUGCCAAAUCUUUUGACAUGCAACAUAGAGCUCAAUUAGAUGCCGACAUAGCACGAAUGUAUUAUACUGGGGGUUUGCCUUUCACUUUUGCCAGAAAUCCUUAUUACAUGAGCUCUUAUUCAUUUGCUGCUAAUCAUUCAUUGGGAGGAUAUGUGCCUCCUGGGUAUAAUAAAUUGAGAACCACUUUACUGCAACAAGAAAAGACACAUGUGAAAAGGUUGUUGGAACCUAUUAAAAGCACUUGGAAAGAAAAAGGAGUUAGUAUUGUGACUGAUGGAUGGAGCGACCCACAAAGAAGACCUUUAAUUAAUGUGAUGGUAGUCUGUGAAUCUGGUCCUAUGUUUAUCAAAGCUGUGGAUUGCUCAGGUGAAGUGAAAGACAAGCAUUUUAUUUCCAGUUUGCUUAUGGAAGUAAUUGAUGAGAUCGGUCAUCAAAAAGUGGUCCAAAUUAUUACUGACAAUGCUAAAAAUUGCAAAGCUGCUGGAGAAAUUAUUGAGAGUAUGUAUCCACAUAUUUUCUGGACUCCUUGUGUAGUUCAUACUCUUAAUCUUGCUUUGAAUAAUAUAUGUGCAGCUAAGAAUGUGGAAACAAAUACUGAAACCUAUGAUGAGUGUCAUUGGAUCACGGUAAUUCAUGGAGAUGCUCUACAAAUCAAGAAUUUUAUCAUGACUCAUUCGAUGAGGCUAGCUAUAUUCAAUCAAUUUAGUCCUUUGAAGUUGCUUUCGGUUGCUGAUACUCGAUUUGCUUCUAUUGUUGUGAUGCUUAAAAGAAUGAAACUUAUUAGACACGCUCUUGAAGUAAUAGUUUUGAGUGACCAAUGGACUGAAUGUCGAGAUGAUGAUCAAGGCAAAGCAAGAUUUGUUCGAGAUACGGUGUUGGAUGAUAGUUGGUGGGAGAAACUUGAUUACAUUCUUACUUUUACUGGACCAAUCUAUGAGAUGAUUCGAAUAUGUGACACCGAUAAACCAUGUCUUCAUUUGGUUUAUGAGAUGUGGGAUUCAAUGAUCGAAAAGGUAAAACGGACAAUUUACGAGCAUGAAAAAAUUCGACCAAGUGAUUAUUCUCCUUUCUAUGAAGUUGUCCAUCAAAUUCUUGUUGAUCGUUGGGCGAAGAACAAUACUCCACUUCACUGUUUGGCUCAUUCUUUGAAUCCAAAAUAUUAUAGUGACAAAUAG